AGCCAGCAGGGGAGUCGAUAAAAACACUUUGGCGAUAACUGAUAUUCGUUCUGUGCGGUUUCCUACAAAACGCAGUCCUCAAACUUACAGAUGGUCAUUUGCGUAAACUGAUAUUUUCCCUGCGGUCUUAUAUUACCGAAACGCGCGGGAAGAUGCGAUGAAACGUUCGCUCCUCGUGGUGAUCGAUUGAAGUCAUGGGUGAUUUGUACCAUAAAGCCGCCCGUGAUGGAGUUUUCGAACUCCUGAAAACGGCCACGAAACGAGAUGCGAACCGAAGGGACGAAGACGGAAUGACUCCAGUACACUAUGCAGCUAGUUGUGGAAAUGUCGAAGCCCUUAGAUUGCUGGUCGGAAAGGGAGGAGAGCCUGACAGAGCAAACCAGGAUGGGGCAAGUGCUGUGCACCUGGCUGCCAGCUGUGGACAACUCAACUGUUUGAGUUUCCUAACAAACUUUGGUGCAGACAUCUGGGCUCUGGACAAUGAGGGACGGACACCAUUAGAGGAAGCUGCCCUUCAUGGGCGUAUGGAAUGCGUAAGACAUUUAGAUGGACUUAUUGCUAUCCACAUGAUGCGCAAUAAGAAAGAAGUAGACAGGCACAGGAGACAAGCUAAAAAAGAUAUGAUGAAAAGGAUAAGAAAGCGCGAUAAGGACGUGCAACGCCGAGAUAAUGCUUACGAAAGAAGAGUUGCAAAGGAAACUAGAGUAAGAAGCAAGUCAAUGAAUGAUGACCAGAAAGAUACAUGGACUGGAAAUGGAUUGUCUAUCCCUCACAAAAAUGCUGAGAAGCAGUUCUCACAAUUAACCAAUGUUGGCCACUUUCCAGAGCAAGAGAAAUCAAAUGACAAGAAAAGCAUGAAGUCCCACUCUUCAGAGACCUUUCAAUUUGGUUCUAAAAAAGGUAGAAUGAUGGGAGUCUUUCGCUCAAAAUUUAGCUCACUACGCAGCUCAAAAGAUGAGCCACAAAUUAUUAAUCGCAGGUCAUUAGAAGAUGCCGGCCUUGUCAGGAGCUUUUCUCAGAGUACACCUUCUUUUUUGGAUCAGUUUGAGUCAAAGGCAAUUGAGAAUCAACACCAGAGUUUAGCUUCAGAUUCUGUUGAUCCCUAUGAACUUGAUUACUCAGACCUGUCCUUUGGACAUGUGGUCAAAAAGUUUGACGACAAAGGCAAUGUUACAACACAUGUUCAUUAUGUUCCAAAGAAUCCAACUAAGAUGAUGAAUGGCAGUAUGACAAGCCGAACUAGCCUCAGCAGUCAGUUAAGCUCAAGUAGUCAGCUGAGUUCCUCAUUAAAUGACAUUCGCAGUUUGAAAUCUAUUGAGCUUGAAGAUGCAUUCUCUCUGUCGGACAUUGAAACAGAAAACACAAGAAAUAAAACCCUUGUCACAUUUAUGGCUUCACUGAACUUGGAACAGUUCACUACAUCUUUGAUCAAUGAAAGAAUUGAUUUAAGUACUUUAUCUCUGUGUUCUGAUGAUGACCUCAAAGACAUUGGCCUCCCUCUUGGGCCAAGAAGAAAAAUUCUGGAUGCUGUUCAGAAAAGAAAUGCAGCUUUGAGUCAUCCAGGGCCAAUGAGUGACUCAAAAAUUUAAUCUUAUUGAAAGGUUUCAGUGAGCAAUUUAUUCUGUAUUUUCGUUUUGUUUGGCAUGUAACUUUUAUACCUGUAUUUUUCAAGAAUUACAGAAUGAUAAAUUUAUUUCGCCUUGCCAUUGUCAAGCCUUCAGACCAAAAACCCAGCAUGAAUUAUUGUUAAUUUCCCAAGCAAAAUACAUAAUCAACUAAUUCCUCAUACACACGAUGAUGGCAUUGUUAAUUAUUUCAUUAUGAGUCUGACUUUUAAUUGGUACCUUGAAGUUGACAGUUCCAGGUCACAGUGACUUGUGGUAUCACUUUAACCCUUAAACUCCCAGAAGUGUUUAACAUGUAACUUCUCCCCACUUUAUCUAUACAUUAUCCAGCAAACAGGUAAUGAGAAUACUCAAACUUAUCAGGUAGAAGUUGUUAUCUAAAUCAAACACCUUAUUCUCACAAUCUAUUGACAAUGAAAUAUGGAGUAGCUUGAGCAGAGAGUUUACAAACAGAUCUUGGGAGGUAAAGGGUUAAGAGAAAUUUAUCUUUGAAUAAGUUGUCUUCAAGUUGUUAACUAAAAGAAAGAAUUUAACAUUAAAUCAUUCAGUAGAGGCAAUGAAUUGCAAUUAAUGAAAGUACAUUGACUGCCCAGUGCAGAGUUUUCUGUAAUUUCAGCUCAGAAAUAUAAAAUUUCAUGAAACAAUUGUGUAAGAAUAUUGGCACAUUAUUGGGAAAGUUUUAGAGAAUUUAUGUAUAUUGAGACUUGUAAAGGAAAUUAUUGUUUUUCAUGGUCAGUUUCUAAAUGAUUGUAAUUUUUAAGAAAAGUCAAUUCUGUGACUACAAUGACGUUAGCAGAUUUAACAUUAAGUUUGAAUUUUGCUUAGAAUGGUUCUAGAAUUUGUGAAAUCAUAAAAUAAUUAAUUAAUAUUAGAGAAAGGAGUUAUGAACUUGUGAGGCUGCAGUUGGGAGAGUUCAUAACAUCUUAUAGAGAACUAGCAUAUUAAUUAAGAGAUUAGAGCACUGUAUGCAUGGAUGAAGUUCUCUACUUUCAACAAACACACCCUUUGCUUGUUUUUCUCACACACUGUUAGAGUGGCAUGGAAGUAGCUAAGGCGACUAGGCAGGUCAUCCCUUUAACAGUACGCACUCUCAAAUAAAGCUAUGUCAAGGGCACUUCCUUUCCCUAUAUGCCCCUAAGACUGUAAGUCAUGUUCAUUCCUGACAAGCUAAAGCUCGAAUUUGGCAUAACAUUUAGUCACAUACAGAUGGGUUAAUUUCAGGAUGUGGGGAGAAAAUCAGACUGCAAGAAAUUAAUUCUAGAUACAACACUGUAAAAGAUACCGAUAAUUAUUAAUGAUAACUACUAAUUCUAGCCUUAAAAGAUAUUGCUGCAAUAUAUGCUAGAUUCCAGAAAAUAAUUAAAGAAAUUCACACCAAUGUC